GGCAACCACCGCGGUCCCAGCGUCAUGGCGGCUGUACUGUCGGUCGGAUGCGGGAUGUGAAGCUGCGUGACAGGAAUCGGGAGGCCUUUAAUUGAAUCCCAUCAAGACGAGACCAUAGUGGAUUUUACGUGUUGUUACUUUCCGGCAUGAAUGAUGAUGAUGCCAUUCAUAGGUUGGAGGGCUGUGACCCUGGCAGUCAGAUUGGGGGAUUGAUAAUAAAAAAGAAGAGUGCCACCGUUGAUCAGCAUAUCUUCCGUGCCCCAGCACCAAAGACCUCAUUACUGGGGCUUGAUAAAUUGGCUGCCCAGAAGAGAAAAGAGCGGGAAGAGAAAGAAGAAAAAGAAGAAAAGGAGGAAAAGAAGAAAUCCAAAGUGUCAUCAUACAAAGAUUGGGAAGAGGGAAAGGAAGACUUUGCCCCUGUUGAUGACAGUGAUAGCAAAGCUGGCAAAGCUGGUAAAAAGGAGAGAUAUUAUCGUACUUCUGGUGCGGAGACACCCUCACACACAGGUGGGGUUAGUGAAGAAUUCAAGGAAAGGCAUCGACAAAGAGAGCGGGAUCGCAGAGAACAUGGAGUUUAUGCUUCUUCAAAAGGCAAUGAUAAGGAAAAGAAAAGGGAUCGAAGUAGGGACCAUGAUAGAGAAUCAAGGAGGGACAGAGAUGAUCGCGAGUGCAGCAGGUCCAAUUCCUCUAGACUAAAGGACAAAGAUAGGUCAGAGCGAAGUGAGAGGGGUUAUAGAGACAGCUGCUCUGAUCGAGGCAGAAGCAGCAGAAGGGAUGAACCAGACACGCCCAGGCACAGAUUGAAAGAUGCUCUUACUCCUUCCCGAUCUAGCUGGGAUGAUGAUGACAGUGGGUAUGGAAGUUAUUCACAUCGAUCUCAGUGGGAAUCUCCAUCUCCUACUCCCUCACAAAGGGAUUUGGAUAAAAGUGAAAGAAGUUAUCGAAGUUCAGGUCGGGACACAGAUAGGCGUGAUAAGGAAAGAUGUCUUAAUUGGUUCAGAUCUAGAAGGAACCAUUAUGAAGAGGAUACACCCUUACCGACGCCAUCAUAUAAAUACAAUGAAUGGGCUGAUGACAGAAGACAUCUGGGAGCAACACCUCGACUUUCUAAAGGCAAAGGUAGAAGGGAAGAAAGUAAAGAUGGCAUUUAUUUUGAGAAUGAAGAUGAGCAAAGGCAGUGGGAAGAAGAUCAAAGGCAAGCAGAUAGAGAUUGGUACAUGAUGGAUGAAGGACAUGAUGACUUCCAUAAUCCUCUGGCAUACACUUCAGAAGAAUAUGUGAGGAAACGGGAACAAUUACUGCAAAAACAGACGCAGAAGAGAAUAUCUGCUCAGAGAAGACAAAUUAAUGAGGAUAAUGAACGAUGGGAAACAAAUAGAAUGUUAACCAGUGGUGUGGUUCAGCGUCUAGAAGUGGAUGAAGAUUUUGAGGAGGACAAUGCAACGAGAGUUCAUUUAUUGGUGCACAAUUUAGUGCCACCCUUCUUGGAUGGACGGAUUGUCUUUACCAAACAGCCUGAGCCAGUGAUUCCAGUAAAAGAUGCUACAUCAGAUAUGGCAAUAAUCUCUCGAAAAGGAAGCCAGCUAGUGCGUAGACACCGUGAGCAGAAGGAGCGCAAAAAGGCUCAGCAUAAACAUUGGGAACUUGCUGGAACUAAGCUGGGAGACAUUAUGGGCAUAAAACAAGUGGACGAGAAAGAUAAAGAUGUAGAAGAAGAUGGGAACGUGGAUUACAGAGUUGAUCAAAAAUUUGCCGACCAUAUGAAAGACAAGAAUGUUGCAAACAGUGAAUUUGCAAAGAAGAAAUCGAUUCUUGAGCAGAGACAGUAUCUACCAAUAUUUGCUGUCAGGGAGCAGUUGCUAAAUAUAAUACGUGAUAAUAAUGUGGUCAUUGUUGUUGGAGAAACUGGUAGUGGAAAGACCACUCAGCUAACACAGUACCUUAGUGAAGAUGGGUAUUCAAACUACGGCAUGAUUGGAUGUACUCAGCCCAGACGUGUGGCGGCUAUGUCUGUGGCAAAACGUGUUAGUGAAGAAAUGAAUGUAAACCUUGGAGAAGAGGUGGGUUACGCUAUUCGAUUUGAAGAUUGUACUUCUGAAAAAACUGUCAUCAAAUAUAUGACAGAUGGUAUUCUACUUCGAGAAUCUCUGAGGGAAGCAGAUUUGGAUCAUUAUAGUGCUGUUAUCAUGGAUGAAGCCCAUGAGCGUUCUCUAAACACUGAUGUACUGUUUGGUUUACUUCGAGAGGUUGUAGCACGACGUGCUGAUCUAAAGCUAAUUGUUACCUCGGCAACUAUGGAUGCAGGCAAAUUUGCAGUAUUUUUUGGGAAUGUUCCUGUGUUUCAUAUCCCGGGCCGGACAUUUCCGGUGGAUAUUUUCUUCAGUAAGACCCCCACAGAAGAUUAUGUGGAAGGAGGAGUUAAGCAGGCUCUUCAAAUUCAUCUGUCAAAUAUUCCAGGUGACAUACUGAUAUUUAUGCCAGGUCAAGAAGACAUUGAGGUGACUUGUGAUCAGAUAGUUGAACGUCUGGAAGAACUGGAAAAUGCUCCUCAACUGGCAGUGUUACCAAUAUAUUCCCAGCUGCCUUCUGAUCUUCAGGCGAAGAUUUUUCAAAAGGCUCCAGAUGGAAUCCGCAAGUGUAUUGUUGCUACAAACAUUGCAGAGACAUCACUCACGGUGGAUGGCAUCAUGUUUGUUGUUGAUUCAGGAUACUGCAAAUUAAAAGUCUUUAACCCAAGAAUGGGUAUGGAUGCUCUUCAGAUUUAUCCAAUCAGCCAAGCCAAUGCCAAUCAGCGCGCAGGUCGAGCUGGGAGAACAGGUCCAGGCCAGUGUUUUCGGUUGUACACACAAAGUGCAUAUAAAAAUGAGAUGUUGACCACCACUGUACCUGAAAUCCAGCGAACAAAUUUGGCUAAUGUGGUCCUGUUGCUUAAGUCCCUUGGUGUUCAAGACUUACUCCAGUUUCAUUUCAUGGACCCGCCACCUGAAGAUAAUAUGUUGAAUUCUAUGUACCAACUCUGGAUCCUAGGUGCUCUUGACAAUACAGGCAGCCUGACUCCAACUGGAAGGAUGAUGGUUGAAUUCCCACUUGAUCCUGCUCUGUCAAAGAUGUUGAUAGUGUCGUGUGACAUGAGCUGUAGUGCUGAUGUCCUCAUCAUUGUGUCAAUGCUAUCGGUGCCCGCUAUCUUUUAUCGACCAAAGGGCCGAGAAGAAGAGAGUGAUCAGAUGAGAGAGAAGUUUGCUGUGCCAGAAAGUGACCAUUUGACAUAUCUUAAUGUUUACCUGCAGUGGAAAAAUAACAAUUAUUCUACUAUUUGGUGUAAUGAACACUUUAUUCACGCCAAAGCCAUGAGGAAGGUUCGAGAAGUUCGAUCUCAAUUAAAGGAUAUCAUGGUGCAGCAACGUAUGAAUAUUGUAAGCUGUGGUACUGACUGGGAUAUCAUCAGAAAAUGUAUCUGUGCAGCUUACUUUCAUCAGGCUGCAAAACUUAAGGGUAUAGGAGAGUAUGUGAAUGUGAGAACAGGCAUGCCUUGCCAUUUGCAUCCAACUAGUUCACUUUUUGGCAUGGGAUACACACCAGAUUAUAUUGUGUACCAUGAACUGGUGAUGACUUCAAAGGAGUACAUGCAGUGCGUUACUGCAGUGGAUGGAGAGUGGUUAGCUGAACUUGGGCCAAUGUUUUAUAGCGUUAAGCAGGCUGGUAAAACGCGACAGGAGAAUCGUCGACGUGCCAAAGAGGAAUUGUCAUCCAUGGAAGAGGAAAUGGCUGUGGCACAGGAACAGCUUCGGGCACGGAAGGAAGAACAGGAAAAAAAGAACAGUCUGAACAGUGUGAGGUCAGUCAAGAUAUAUACCCCUGGGCGGAGGGAACCAGGAACACCACUGACACCACGUCAUACACCAGCACGCUUUGGACUUUGAUUUUUUUAAAACUUUUGUAUAAAAACUGUCCAAAUAUUCAUAUCUUUAAAUUUAUAUUUGUAUAUUAUCCGUGGGAGAUAAAACAUCAAGAUUUUUCUAUUUCUUUAGCAAAACAAAUUUUGAUGUGGUGUAGGUUUUUCAUUUUGUUACAGUGAAGUAUUAAUGAUGAAUAUAUUUAUCAUCACCAUGGAGUGCACUGAUGUUGGUACAACAGUAGUCUCUUUGCAGUCAUCAUGUGAUUUGAGCAGUUGAUCUGUGCCCAGGGAAUAGAGGCAACUUAACUUUUUUUGUGAUGUACAGAAGAAACUUCGAAUGGAUACUUGAGUUACUAAUUUUUAUGCUGCUGUUAUUUCUUUAUCCCGUUGCUUCGAUUUGUAAUUUUUUAAAGAAGUCCUUGAAAUUUUACUUCCAGAUUAAAAUAUGUGUAAUGACACAAUGCAAGGUAUUACAAAUUGUAAUAAUCUAAAACAUUACCUUUUGCAAGGGGAAUUAGUGUACAAGAGAUUUCUAUCUGCACUGUCUUUUAAUGCAUCUUCAUCUACAAGAGAGCUUCUGAUCCAAACAAGUUUUGUUAAAGGAAACAAAAUGAACAGUCCUCAGUACAUUAGAAUGAACUUCAAAAAAAAAACAUGAGGCAGAAUACCGGAUCAAUCCUGGAUUUGAAGGUUGAGAUAAAUGGUAAUUUCCAAAUUCAUGUAGUUGAAACCUAUUGCAAAGGCAAUAGAAUCGAUUAGGUAUCCUAUUAUUAUUAGACAACUUUUGUUUAAGCAAGCAAAAUUUACUUGCAUUCCAAUUAUUUUUUUUCUUUCCUACUCUUAACUUUGUCAAGCCAGGCAGGUUUUAUGUGGAAUGUUCUUUAAAUAUAGUUUUGCAGCAGAGAUACAGCUUCAUGCUUUAUUGACAGAAUUAUGCCAGUUUUCAAUUUGUUAUUUGGAUGAUUUAACAAAAACAGAAAAUGCUGAAAACACUCAGCAGGUUAGGUAACAUACCUGGAGAGAGGAACAUAGACAGCACAGUCCCUCUGACCCACAUUGUUGUGCUGACGUUUUAACUUGCACCAAAAUAAAUCUAAUGCUUCCCUCCCACAAAGCCCUCCCCUUUUCUUUAAAUCAUCAACUUUUUAUUGGAACAGGGAUUCCAGAAGAGAUAAAAAUGGUUUUAAGAUAAGAAAAAGGUAGGGAGGAAAAGACUAACUAGAAGAAAAAUAGAAUAGAAGGCUAGAGCAAUACUGUAUAUAAAAAUGUAUAAUGGAUAAAUAACAAUAAGACAAGAUAACAGAAGCAUAGAGCAGAACUGAAAUGUUAAUUCUAUUUUUUCUUUGCAUUGAUAGCUGCCUAUCUGGUGAGUGUUACUUGAGUUUUCUGCUUUUAUUUCAGAUUUCAUGCAGUUCAUUUUGCUUUUGAGAGUUUGCUCUCUAAUUAUAUACAGUACUUUCAAAACGUCUUCUGAUGGAUUGUUCUGAAACUGAAAUUCAAAAUGCUUGUGAUUUUAAAAAAGACAGCUAAAAAUUUGCAAAUGUUUUGGUUAACUUUUUAAUUUUUUAAAACUACUUGUAUAUUCCUAAAGCUACAUUCAAUAAUAUCUCAAAACACUUUCCAGCUUUUAAUUUUUACUCCCAAAAAAUUAAAUUUAGUUUUUUUAAAUAUUCAAUUUGCAAUUUUUAUUUUAUUCUGAUAUUUAUUACACAAUUUUAGCCGUAAACUGGAUUGCAUCCUCCUCUAACAUUCCUAUUUCUCUGAACCUCUCUUCAUAAGCAUGGAGUCUGAAUGCCACAGUUAACUGAGAGAAGAUUAAAUUUACUUGACUCUGCCAUCAAAUUUUAACUUUGCUGAGGUUCUUCCAUCCAACUGUUCUCAUCCAAUAGAGUUUUGGUUUUGUGCAUCUCUUGUAACACUGCCUUAAAUGAAAUAAGGAGUAUAUGGUAUUUUAUAGUAGAAAUCUGAAGUUGAGUAUUUGUACUUGACUGGAAUCUCAACAGGUAUUGCAGGGGUGACUUAAGAAAUGAACUCUGACUGUAAUUGUCUGCAAAAUCCCAUUGAAAUUCCAUGGCAUUUAGCUUCCAUUUGUACUGCCCUUGGCCUCAUCACUGUUGUACAGUAUUUCACAAACAGCAACGGUGAAUAAAGCAGGUCAGGAAGGAUCACUACCUGGAAUGUCUACUGUUUAUUCCUUUCCAUGGAUAAUGCCUGACUUGCUGAGUUCCUCCAGCAUUCUAUGUGUUACUAAGGAUUAAUAAAAAUCACUACUGAAGUUGUAUGAUGGUGCAGCAGUUCCUGCAUAUGGCUCAAAGGUCUGGAGAACUCUGUGUGAUCCUGAUUUUGGAUGCAGUCUGUAUGGAGUUUUCAAGUUCAAGUUUAAUUAUCAUUCAGCUAAAUGAAACAAUGUUCCUCAAGAUGUAAAACAGUACCAACAGUCACAGACAGCACAUAGCACAUAUACUGUAGUGCAUAUAUUUAUGAUAGCAGAAAUAUAUACAGUCACAAAAAAAAGCCCAAGGUUCUUUUGUUUCCGUCCACAUAUCAACGACAUUUGGUUAAUUGGCUUCCAGAAAUUGCCAUUAGUGCAGCUGGGUGGCAAGAUAAUUGGGGUGGGAGCAUGAUUUUGAUGCUAGAGGGAAAAUGGGAUUAGUUUAGGUGGAUGGUUGGUGGUUGGCUGUUGGCUUGGAUAAGUGAACCAAAAAGCCUGAUUCCAUGAUGUAUGACUCUUAUAAGACCAUAAGUUAUUGGAGCAGAAUUAGGCCACUUGACCCAUCGUGUCUGUUCUGCCAUUUCAUCAUGGCUGAUCCAAUUUUCCUCGCAGCCCCAACCUCCUGCCUUCUCCCCACAUCCCUUCAUGCCUCGACCAAGCAAGAAUCUAUCAACCUCUGCUUUAAAAGACUUGGCUUCCACAGCUGCCUGUGGCAAACAAUUGCACAGAUUCACCACUCUGGCUAAAGAAAUUUCUCAUCUCCAUUCUAAAAGGACGUCCCUCUAUUCUGAGUGUUUUGUGGUCUUAGACUCUCCCACCAUAGGAAACAUCCCCUCCACAUCCACCCUAUUAAAGCCUCUCACCAUUUGAUAGGUUUCAAUGAGGUCACCCCUCAUACUUCUGAAUUCUAUUGAAUAUAGGCCCAGAGCCAUCAGAUACUCUUCAUAUGACAAGCCAUUUAAUCCUGGAAUAAUUUUCAUAAAACUCCUCUGAACCCUCUCCACUUUCAGCACAUCCUUUCUGAGAUAACAGGCCCAAACCUGCUCACAAUACUCCAAGUGAGGCCUCACCAGUGCUUUAUAAAGUCUCAACAUUACAUCCUUGCUUUUAUAUUUCAGUCCUUUUGUAAUGAAUGCUAACAUUGCAUUUGCCUUUCUCACCACAGACUCAACCUGCAAAUUAACCUUUAGGGAAUCCUGCAAGAGAACUCCCAAGUUUCUUUGCACCUCAGUUUUUUGUAUUUUUUCUCCAUUUAGAAAAUAGUCAACUCUUUCACUUGUUCUACAAAAGUAUGUGGCCAUACACUUUCCAAUACCAUAUUUCAUCUGCCAUUCUUUGCCCAUUCUCCUAAUCUGUCUAAAUCUUUCUUUAGCUUUUCUACUUCGUCAAAACUACCUGUCCCUCCACCUAUCUUUAUAUUGUCUGCAAAUUUUGCAAUUCCAUCAUCCAAAUCAUUGACAUAUAAUGUAAAAAGAAUCGCAAACAACACAGACCCCCCCCCCCCCCGGGGAACACCACUAGUCACUGGCAGCCAGUCAAUCUAUAUUUAACUAAACUUUAUUAAUCUUCCAUUCCUAAAAAAAUCAUAAGCUGAACCUAACUGUGAAAGCAAAAACAGUUUUAAGAGAAUUUGGAAGAGGUGAAAAAGAGCAUAUGGCUGUACCAUAGUCAUAGUAAGCAGAAUUGAUAGUUAUAGUAUAAGUUGGCCAAUAGGAAUAACAAUUAGCUGUAAAAAUAGGCAUCAUUUCAAGUAGUGGAGAGUGAUGACUAUGCAAAGAGACAGUGGAGUGCAUCAAUAUGCUGCCAGUUUCUUGUGUAUAAAAAGUACAGCUUUUUGCAUAUCCGUAUCAGAAAUUUUGUGUAUGUUUGUGUGAAGCCAUUCUUGAAUAAAUGUAAAAAUAUUUUAUUGUAAAAUAAAUUCCAAAUCCUGUAUUCAGAAACUGAGAUUGUGAAAAUA